AUGCAGCGCCAGCACUUCGACCCCUUCGACACUGUCAAAUACUUUUGGAGUACACUUGGACUCCCCCAAAUCGCCUUGGAGUCACUUGAUCUUCCCCAUGAUGGCGAAUAUUACUCUUCCUCGUUCAAAGUGGACCACCUUGCCCAAAGUAGCAUCGCCUUCUCUGCGCUUGCUGCCGCGCUCUACUGGUCUACCCGACACCAGGUCCCAGUACCAAAGGUUACGGUUCCUCUCGGACACGCAUGCACAGAAUUCAAAUCAGAACGACUACAUGUUUUGAACGGAAAACCAGCACCCUCAACAUGGGGAACAAUAGGUGGGUUACAUAAGACCGCCGAUGGAUACAUAAAAAUGCAUGACAUCUUCCCAAACCAUCGAACCAACGCGCUUGCGAUCUUGGGACUCCGCGAAGAUGCCACAAGAGAAGAUGUUGCAACCAAGAUGUUGGAAUGGAAGUCCGUUGAGCUCGAAUCCGAGGCGUUCCGAAGGGGCGCAGUCAUUGCUGCCUUGCGAUCCUUCGAAGAAUGGGACCAACUUCCCCAAUCCAAAGCAAUAGGGGACUUCCCUAUUUUAUUGAAACGAAUCACCGACACGCAACCAUUUAUUCCUCCACCACCGGCGUUAAAGAAUGACAAAUGCCUUCGAGGAGUUCGAGUAGUGGAGAUGAGUCGAGUUAUUGCGGCGCCCGUGGCUGGGAAGACUCUUGCAGCGCAUGGUGCAGAAGUCAUCUGGGUCACUUCGCCCACUUUGCCCGAUCUUCCUGACCUGGAUAGAGAUCUUGGACGGGGGAAGCGUACUGUGCUGCUCGACAUCAAGCGGUCUGACGACAAAUCCAAGCUUCUCGAGCUCAUUCGAACGGCAGACGUCUUUAUUCAAGGUUACAGACCUGGCAGCCUAGCUAAGCAGGGCUUUUCAUCUGAGGACCUAAUCCGGACGAAUCCGAACCUAAUAAUAGCUAGCUUAUCUGCAUAUGGGCCUGACGGACCUUGGUCCGAAAAUCGCGGUUUCGAUUCCCUUGUUCAAACCUGCUCUGGCAUCAAUGUCGCGGAUGCCGAGCGCUACGGUGCGGAUGAAGUAGUCCGUACUUUGCCGUGCCAGGCUUUUGAUCAUGGCGCUGGUUAUCUUCUGGCUGCUGGUAUCAUGGCAGCUCUGUACAAAGGAAGAAUCGAAGGUGGCGCUUACGAAGUCGAGGUCUCAUUAGCUGGUAUCAUGAAAUACCUUCGGUCUUUGGGGCAAUAUCCUGAUAAAUCUGGAUACGGUCGACAGAAUUUCGAAGGACCUAAAGAGGUAGAGAGAUAUUUAGAAACACGCAUGACAGGAUUUGGUGAACUGAAAGCUGUCAAACAUUCUGCUUCUAUCGAGGGAUUAAAGACCGGUUGGGAUAUCAUGCCAAAACCCCUUGGUAGCGAUGAACCGAACUCAACCAAGAUCACCCCACUCGUCUCCUACCCAUACAUCUUCCCUUCAGCUCAUCCCUUCUUUAACGCUUGUGUGAUGACCGCCAUCUCCGGCGCAUCAAUCCAUCUAUGGAAGGGCUCUUUCCCCAUGUCAUCUGUUCCUCCAACUGUCCACCUAGGAGGCAUUUCGAACCCCAUUUCGGUCGCUGCACGCGUCCUUUUUUUCUCACUACUGUCGAGGAUGCCUUACGGAGCCUGCGUUGCACAGGUGCAUGUACAUCUUAAUCGCGAUGACAUGUUCUCAACUAGUUUGGCUAUGUGCUUGCACUCUGCUGAGACUUAUGCCGCUUUUAUGGGCCCCACGCUUCCUACGAAUCCCUCCCUCCGAGAUAUAUAGGCCCAGCUUAUCGUAUCCAUAAUGGGCUGUGGCUGGCAGCACACGUACAUUUGAGAGCAAAAGGACCCUGUUCGGUACUGUUCCAUGCAUCAAAGCUGUGUUUAAGUUUCCAUGGUCAAUGCCAUUGUGGUGCAAAAACCGACUUCUCGGCUAAUAAAUACACUACUACACAAUUCAUGUCCUCACGUGUCUUCAGCCUCAGUUUACGGGAACUGGAGCUCCGCGAGAAGCGAAAAGUAAAAAGCAACUCUCACCCCCACUCUUCUCUCCCUGCAACAUUUAUUUUGAUGCAAAGCCUCGUGCAACGUUCGCCAGCCAAGUCCAAUGAAACACGGAGAGCGGUGCGGACGGGACGC